CCCCGUGUGUGUGUGUGUGUGUGUGCGCGUGUGCCGCCGCGGAGCGGGUCUGGGAUGCCAAGAUGGCGGCCUCGGCGGUGUCGGUCUUCCCCGGCGUGCGGCUCCUGACCAUCGGCGACGCCAACGGCGAGAUCCAGCGGCACCAGGAGCAGCAGGCGCUCCGCCUCGAGGCCCGCACCGGCCCCGACGCCGCCUGCCUGGCCCUUUACAGCCAAGACGACGUUUGCGUGUUCAAGUGUUCUGUGUCGAAGGAGACGGAGUGCAGCCGAGUCGGCAAGCAGUCCUUCAUCAUCACGCUGGGAUGUAAUAGUGUCCUUAUACAGUUUGCGACGCCAAGCGACUUCUGCUCUUUUUAUAAUAUCUUAAAAAACUGCCGGGGCCACAAUGUGGAGCAGUCUGUGUUCAGUGAGCGUACCGAGGAAUCGUCUGCUGUGCAGUACUUCCAGUUUUAUGGAUACUUAUCCCAGCAACAAAAUAUGAUGCAGGAUUAUGUCAGAACGGGCACCUACCAGCGCGCAAUCUUGCAGAACCACAGUGACUUUAAAGACAAGAUUGUAUUAGACGUCGGCUGCGGCUCUGGCAUCCUGUCCUUUUUCGCAGCUCAAGCUGGAGCAAGAAAAAUCUACGCAGUGGAAGCCAGCACGAUGGCCCAACAUGCAGAGGUUUUAGUGAAGAGUAACAGCCUCACCGAUCGGAUCGUGGUAAUCCCAGGGAAGGUGGAGGAGGUCUCGCUUCCCGAACAGGUGGAUAUCAUUAUCUCUGAGCCAAUGGGUUACAUGCUUUUCAACGAACGGAUGCUGGAGAGUUACCUGCACGCCAAGAAGUAUUUAAAGCCUAGCGGUAAUAUGUUCCCCACCAUUGGAGAUGUCCACCUAGCUCCCUUCACAGAUGAGCAGCUCUACAUGGAGCAAUUCACAAAGGCGAAUUUCUGGUAUCAGCCAUCCUUUCACGGUGUGGAUUUGUCAGCGCUUCGGGGUGCAGCAGUAGAUGAAUAUUUCAGGCAGCCUGUUGUGGAUACCUUUGAUAUCAGAAUUCUAAUGGCCAAAUCUGUUAAAUACACAGUGAACUUCUUAGACGCCAAAGAAGCGGAUUUGCACAGGAUAGAGAUCCCAUUCAAAUUCCACAUGUUGCAUUCAGGUCUGGUCCACGGUCUGGCCUUCUGGUUCGACGUAGCUUUCAUCGGUACAAUAAUGACCGUUUGGCUCUCGACCGCUCCCACAGAACCUCUGACGCAUUGGUACCAAGUGCGGUGCCUCUUUCAGUCUCCGCUUUUUGCUAAGGCUGGUGACACCCUCUCAGGGACGUGCCUUCUCAUCGCCAACAAGAGGCAGAGUUACGACAUCAGUAUUGUUGCUCAAGUGGACCAGACAGGCUCCAAGUCCAGCAACCUCCUUGAUCUGAAAAACCCGUUUUUCAGGUACACAGGUACAACUCCUUCACCCCCUCCAGGAUCGCACUACACCUCUCCUUCGGAGAACAUGUGGAACACAGGCGCCACCUACAACAUGAACACAGGGAUGGGCGUUGCCGGGAUGCCCACGGCCUACGACCUCAGCAGCGUGAUUGCCGGCGGCACCAACGUUGGCCACAACAACCUCAUCCCCUUAGCAGCCAACACCGGGAUUGUCAACCAUACCCAUUCCCGGAUGGGAUCCAUCAUGAGCACGGGGAUUGUCCAAGGCUCAUCCAGCGGCCAGGGUGGAGGAACGUCGAGCUCCCACUAUCCCGUCAACAGUCAGUUCACGAUGGGGGGCCCGGCGAUCUCGAUGGCCUCGCCCAUGUCCAUCACCACCAACACAAUGCAUUACGGGAGCUAAGAGACCCUCACCCCGAUCUCUGAACUCACAGCACCAGGAAACCAAAAUGAAGAAGAAACGUCUAAUCUCCCUGCCCGUCUGCCUGCUGCACCUCAACAGUUUGGCAAUCACCUCUCCGGAUAUCUGUUCUCUCACCCGUCUCCCAUUAGGCUUGCCAGAGAUGCCCUUACCCUUGUACGAUAGAAGACACCCCCAGUGGCCCUUUGAUAGUGGACUUGUACACUUUUUAAAAAUGAAACUUGGAAACUUCGACAUGCUCGACCAUGACUUUUUAAGUCCCUGUGCUCGCUGUGUCUUUAAUGACCAGUCACGUCGUGAACGGAACAAGCCUUCGGCCUUCGAUGCCCGAUCGAUCGGCUGUAGGCACAGGUUGUAGGAGCGGAACUGCAGCAGGGCCUUUGGCAGUAUUUUGAGCAGCUGAAACAUGGCAACUUGAGCCUUUAGCAUUGCGCCCAGCAUUUCGAAAGACUGGGGGUGGCAGCUAGCUGUAGAACGGGCACAGGUGAACAAACGUCCAGCGGCACGCCCUUGAUUUCUUACCCGCCCCAGCUCCUGGGCUAGUGUUUACUGCUUUAAUGAGACUUAGGAAGAGUCACUCCCGUAGCGGGGAAAAGGCCUUCCCAGCUGUAUGGUGAGGUUCUCACUGCUGUAGGUCUUGAGUCUUUGGAAAUGCGUCCAAGGGGAGGCGCAUCAUUGCGGCGCAAGCAUCAUGUCAGCAGGUCUGAUCAAUGUUUGUCUCUGAGGAAACCUUGCUGUAGCAUCAAAAGGAUAAAAAAAAAAAUUAAGAACACGAAUGUACCAAAAAAAAAAAAAAAGGUUGCUGGCUGAAAGUGGAAUGGAUGGUGUCUUGGUUUCCUGUUGCUCAUCUGGACGGGUUGCUCAGUGGUGGCUCCCCCUAUCAUCUGAUGUGUGUCGUCCAGGCUGUUCCAGCUGCUGCCUCUGGCCCCUCCACCCUCACCAGAGCAGGCAGCGGAUACCGGGUAGCUGAUGACAUAGACUGACUUUGCCCCCCGCACUAGCCAGCAGGGACUCUAGCAUAGAUUGUUCUGGCAUCUGUUAUGGAGAAGCCCCCCCCCCCUUCCUUUGUAGUCUUUGUACGUGUAACCUGUAGUCCUUCACAGUAUUUCUUUUCUUUUUUUUCUCCCCUUUUCAAGGGCCACCAGCUGGCAUUUUUGAAAGGACUUGGCAGGGACCCCCUUUCGAUGUAGAGCGGAAAGUGCGGUUUACUUUGGCGGUUUCUUUUGCCUCCCAGCGUCUGGGCUCCCAGGGAUGAUUUGUGGGGAAGAGGGAGGGGACGUUUACACAAAAUCUCCAUCAGCGGCUGAAUUGUGUGGGGUCUGCGCAGAGCCGAUUGUGAAGUCUUGGAUGAUCAAUGAUUUUGUGACUGUUAAAAUAAAACUUGGGAGGGUUUUGAAGCUUUGUUUGCAGUGCCUGGUUCCCCUCCCCCCCAUCCAAGGUUUUGGAUUCAAACACCCAGAGAGCCCUCGCUUUCUUCUGAGCUCAGCCCUGCCCUUCUUUACAAGCCAAGCCUCUGUGCAACAGUGCCCUAGAAAAGACCCUCUUGCCUCAGGCAGUCGCUGUUUUUGCUCCCAAUUUGGUGAAGUGGUUGGGAGCGUGGACUCUAAUCUGAGAGAAC